AUGUCCGAGUCCCUCAAUUCCAAGCGCAAUUUCGAGGAUACCGUCUCAGAGCACUUAGUCUCAGAUGCAAGCGACCUCGUGCGGGGCUCUGUUCGUCCUCCGAUCGACUAUUCUUCUGCAGCUGCUUUCACGAGCAGUUCCUGGGCUAGGUGGAAGAGUUUAUGGACUAGACGCUUCACACUCUCGCUGUUGGCUGGACAGGUGGUUUCUCUGUGCAUAACGGUGACUAAUGUCACGACGACCGAGCUAGUAUCUAGGAAUUGGUCGUUGCCUACUACGCAGACGUGGUUCUUGUACUGUUCGCUGUUUCUCGUCUAUACGCCGUAUACGAUGUAUAAGUACGGCCUGAAGGGUUGGGGUCAGAUGAUAUAUAGGGAUGGGUGGAAAUAUUUCAUCCUUGCGUCUUGUGAUGUCGAGGGCAACUUCUUGGUCGUAAAGGCAUACAACUAUACCGAUCUGCUAUCUUGCAUGCUUCUCGAUGCUUGGGCAAUUCCUGUUUGCUUAUUCUUUUGUUGGGUGUACAUGCGUACGAAGUAUCACUGGACUCAAGUAUUGGGCAUCCUAGUGUGUGUCGGGGGACUCGGCAUGCUAGUAUCUUCAGACAUGCUCACAGACAAGAACUACCCUGCACUAAGCAAGGGAAAAGGCGAUGCCUUCAUGAUCGUUGGAGCGACCCUAUACGGCUUUACCAAUGCCACAGAAGAGUUCUUUGUGAGGAGAUCGCCACUUUAUGAGGUCGUUGGCCAGCUUGGUAUGUGGGGGACCUUGAUCAAUGGGAUCCAGGCUGCUAGUUUAGAGCAUGUGGAUAUGACUACGGCGUCAUGGAAUGGUGCUACGAUUGGCUUUCUUGCUGCUUACACAGUCGCAAUGUUUACCCUUUAUACGGUUGCUCCCCUGCUGUACCGCAUGGCAUCGUCACCUUUCUACAACAUCAGUCUACUCACGAGUGACUUUUAUGGUCUUAUUUUUGGUCUCUUCCUUUUCCAUUAUUCGCCAUACUGGCUGUACUUCCCUGCUUUCUGCGUCGUCGUCAUUGGCCUCAUCAUCUACUUCUGGCAUGCUACGCCUGAGGAGCAAGGGAAACUCGAUCCUCAAGCUCCGGCAUAUAUCCGAAGAAUGCACCUGGAUGACCAAGUUUAG